AUGGCUCGAGGGAGCUCAUCCGCUGCUCUUCGGCGAGAUGAGGACGGUCCGAAGUACGAUCUCACAACACUUGCGAAUCCUAUCCGACCAACUAGCGGACCUCAUGUCCCGAUGUUUAAUCUGGAACAGGUUUAUGACAUCUUCAAUGGCAUCCCUUGGGGAAAUCAACCAAACGACACAGUGGGGGAGCAGAAUCCCACCGAGAGUCGCCAAAACGACAAAACUGCUCAGUCUAGAGCCUCGAAACAAACAAAGAGAAAGAGCCUUGGACCUCGGGCUGGCUCGGGAGUCUCCAAGACAUCCCGUCUGCACAAGCAGCCUGCCACGCAACUCAAGCGAUCUAAAAAUCUUCAGGGGAAGAACCCAAUCGAUCUCGUUGCUAGAGGAGCCAUCCCAACCCCCAGUAGCCCAAGCGACCCGGCCCCUUACUAUGAAGUUGCGCGCGCUCCCAAUUUCAGCAGACCUAUUCCCGACUUUGACCUAGCCUUGAUUUCUAACUGUCCUAAGCCGCUAUCGCCUUCAGAUAUGUUAGAUGGAGAAAAAUACUUUCUCUAUCAGAUGGCCACGGCUCGCCAUCUAGCCUUCAACGGAGUUUCGGGCCCAUACCAGAUUGGUCACUGCUUGUGUGAUGUCCAUAAGGCAACCGGGAAUCUAGUCAAGUUUGCACGUGCCUGCACCGCUCCAAAUGGCGAAAGAUAUUGGCGUCAUCUCAUGACAAAUGCGUCUAUAAAGGCUCAGGAUGGGUCCAGAAUGGCAGGCAAGCCAAUUGCACUCUCAAACGGAGCCCUGAUUUGGAUGGCAGAUGAGAAGGGCAAGGUUAUAGCUCCUGAAUGGACAUUCAACGAGCCCCAAUUCUUGCCCGAAUCCUCGGACGAUCAAGAAAUGGGACAGUAUCCGAAGCAAUCUCAGCAGGAGACCAACCCAAUCCAUCCUGGGCUCAAGAAUACUAGCAAAGAUCCCUUUUGGUGGUGA